AUGGCUCGUUCUUUCAAGAUCUCCUUUCCCCUACCUCGAAGGCCGAGUGCCUCUCCUCAUGCGACACCUGGUUCACAGUACUCAAACCAAAGCAACAUCGAUGACUCUCCUCUAUCUCAUCCAGGUGCCAAGGCCGAGAAAGUGCUGGGAUCCUUAGAAUCGGACGGUCCUAUAUUGAAAAAGAAGCAGUCGAAAAAAGGGAAGAAGCAGUUGCGAAAAUACCCCAGCUUCAUGAGCGUGACCCUGUCUGACGUCGAUGCCGAAUCUGUCAAGACUCCGGAUGAAUUUCCGUUUCCAGGCAUGUACACCCCAAUAAGUGAAUUGGUGUCCCAGCCGACACAAAACAAUGGCGGGCAAGGAUCCUCACCCUUGCUUGGGGAGCACUAUAUGUUUGGGUCUACAAAUGGGGGUACUCUCAGCAACGCCUCUAGCCCGCGAGCCCGCCGCGCCGAUUCAUCCCCAACCUUGCGGUCUCACUAUGAUCCAAAAAAGUCACCGCUGUCGAUCUCACAACAAACAUCUGCCUCUUCGGCGCGAGAUAUGGCGUUGAGGAAAGGCUUCCCGCCAAUCUCUAGUCCACUGAGCCUCACUAUGGUAGAGGCAGUCGUAUCUAACGAACCUGAUGGACUACAUUCGCGCAAUAUAUCUACGGACACUAAAGUCUCCGAGAGCUCCAAAUUAUCUGGAAACUCAGUCAAGAGGAUCAAUAGUAUUCCAAGGAGAAGACCAUCGGUCAUGGACCCGCCAACGCUACAUCCAAAUGCCAAUCGAGCUUUUCAUGCAGUCUCUCCGCCGCCAGCUCUAAUAAAAGCAGCAUUACCGAAGCCUCUGGGUCCACAGAGCCAACAAAAAAUGUUGUUCAGCCGGCCAAGGUGGUGGGCAAAGGUAAAGACACAAAUGCCCCCGCCCAUUCCCAUCGAAGACCAGCAGCGCCAGGAAGACUUUGAUGAUGAUAUACCAUUCAUCAAACUCAAUGUGAAGAAGCCAAAUGCGAAGCCAAAAGCAGGUAUGCGGAACUGGUUUGAUGGGUUGGAGGACGAAAGAGCUUCAUCGGGCGGCCGUCGAGAUACUGAGGCUUCGGAAUAUCGGAUACCCGAGCCAUACAAUCCUCCCCUCAGUAUACAGGAGAUCAUGACACAAGGAGCCCAGUCUCCCCAGAUCCUACGGAGGAAAAGCUCUUACAGCAACAAGGGUGAACCAACUACACUCUUAGAUCAAAGAAUGAGCUUUCGGUUCAAUUCUCCUCCUAUACGCAGUCUUUAUAGUGGGUCGUCAUCACAAGCUCCAGAGGAGAUGAGCACUCCCGGAAGCACGCCCGGAAGUCCCGAUGCUACGAGUAUACAACCAACGAUCAGCAGCAAAGGACCACCCCCGGGGAUGGAUCUAAAAUUGGUCAGUUUCCUUGAGCUCUCAUCCUCCGAAGACGAAACGGAAAGCCGUUCCGACGAACCUUGUCGACGCCAUCGCAUUCGAGCAAGCAUUGAAAAGGCUACCUACAAUAAUGAAGUCUCGGUCGGUAACGCGCAACGGGCUCAGCCCGUCAGGCCACGGUCAGUAAUUAACGGACGCACCAGACCUCUUUCGAGAAGAUUCAACAGCUCAGAAAAGGUACCGCCCGUACCAAAGAUACCAGACAAGCCGAGGCUCAGUCAAAGAGCUUCUUCAGUGCGAUGGCGCGAGAUGAUGGAAGACAACGCAGGAAGUACCGAAAGCACUGUCGACAGCGGGGAGAGUUCUCUUUGUGGUAGUAUGGAUGCACGAAGAGCAAGAACAAGAGUAGAGCAGACUAUCCGCAGGAGCAAAUUCAUGAAGGUCACGUCGGAAGAAGAAAAGCUACUAGAGGCCAUGCGAGAUAAGAGAGCUAGCAUCCGCCAGGACGACUUUGACAAAGGAUUCAAAACGGCUAUGCAGCUUCAGGACAUCGUGGCAAGGCCAAAUACUGCAGGUGCGGAUGGACGAGCUUCCCGAUCCUCGAACUACGAAUCUAGGUCUUCGACAUCGCAUCCACCACAAGAAUAUGCAAAUCAAAUGAGCAGAGCAAAUCCCCGUUUUUCUGCCUCCGCGGAGGAUCUUAGAAUCCAAGACGCCUAUCCCUUUCCCGAGGUACCGUUGAAUCGAAAAGGCUCCGCUGGAUUUAUUUCACCAGGUAAACCAUCCCCCAGUUUGAGUUUCAGCCCCUCGGACAUCUUACCUGAGACACCGGCGAGUCAUAACUCACCUAUUACACCGCCUCCUGGGCACGGCGCGUUGAGCGCUUAUGGUCGUAGCCUGACGCUGUCUCCACCGCGAGGGAUUACAACGAUGAACAAGAUCAGUCAUGAGAGGAAGAGAACUGGAAGUAGUAGUGUGGUGGACCUUGAUGGGGUGGAACAGCAGGCUCAGGUCAUGGAUGAAGAUGGGCUGUCUUGGGUGGUGAUGGAUAGAUGGUAG